AUGCCAGACAAUAAGAAGACUGAAAAGCCUGCGGUAGAGCUCAAGGUGGGCGCAUACAACCCUGAGCCUUCCGUGGUGGUGGGCAGUUUUUUCAACGGACUGACUAUUCCUUCAGACACAUCGUUCCAACUGUACAGGAACAAGCAAGACGCAUCGAAGCUAGUGUUACAUGGUGAAAAUGAGGCUCUGGAUUACGACGGAUCCACCAAGGAGGAUAUCAAUAAUGACUAUGUGGUGGGCGUUUAUGAUCCAACUUCUAAAUCGAUUGAAUUCUACAAAUCCUCGAUGUUGGUGUCAACGGUCUCUUCUAAGGCCAGUAAAGCCAAGAAGAUACCAGAUAUUAAGCAGGCGAAUGUGAGAUAUGCUACAAAGAGAAAUGCACUGGGUGAAGAGUUUGGAACAAAGAAGGCGAGAAAGGCUAUUUUGGACCAGGAGAGAAAUAGAAUUGACUCCACAUCACUCCAGAGCGACUCCAGCUUCAUCUACGAGAAGAUCGCAACCAGCACAGCGCAUAUUCCUACUCCUGAGGAGGUGAAGUCGAACCUUUUGAAGGAUAGUCCAAUCCCUCGUUUCGACGAGGAAGCUACAAAUGUGGUUGAUGUGUAUCCUCUCACGUCUGUCAUUCCAAAGAAAGAGUGGCCUGCCAUACGUGUUGACGAGAUUAUUAAGCAGGACGAUCCAAAAGUGCAAAUUCAACUACUUGCGCACCAGCGUUCGAGAUAUCUCCAGAAGAAAUUGGAGAAGUUUGACAGCUCCACAUCAAAGAGAAAGGAAAAAUUCCAGAUUUUGUACUACUUGUCUGUGCUGAUGGGUACCUACAACAACAUGAGGGCCAACUCCAAGGAGAACCUCAGACUCAAAUUGCAAAAUCCACCCGAGGUUAUACUAGACAGUGUGAUUGCGAGAUUUACUGUCAACAGAAGAGGUGAGUUCGGCAAGCCCAAGGAUAAGGCCUUCACCAUUGACCCCGAUCACGAGGAUAAAUUGCUGCUCCACAUUCUGGUUUUAGUCUUGCAUUUGGACGACUUUUAUGUCGACAUGGGUCCAAUGGCCCAAGAAUUAUCUUUGAAGCCUUCGAAGCUGCAACAGUUAUUCAAGUACUUGGGAUGUACCUCCAAGAAUGCCACCAAAUUGGAGCUGGACGCUAUGGGAUACCCUGCAUCUACCAAGGCAGUCAAGGUAGCAACUCUGAAAGUUCCGUUCAAGGCUCCAACCUUUGUUUCAACAAGAGGUGGUCCCAGAUAA